ACUAAGGAUUGGUCCGUCGAGAAGGAUAUUAAGGAUCAAGUCCUUGUGUACGUGUCAUCGCUUGAGUGGGUCGGCGACAUCCAGUACCUCCUCAACAUCUCCAUGAUCGGCCUCCUAUGCUGCGUCUCCAUCUUCCUCUUCCUCAAGCUCCGCAGCGACCACCGCCGCAUGCCCGGUCCCUCCGCUAUCCUCUCCAAGCUCCUCGCCGUCUGGUCCGCCACGUGCCGCGAGAUCGCUCGCCACUGCGGCGCCGACGCCGCUCAGUUCCUCUUGAUCGAAGGCGGGAGCUUCGUGCUUCUCUUCUCGAUCGCCCUUUUGGCUCUCUCCAUUAUGUUGCCUUUGAAUCUCUACGCGGGGACUGCUGUGUUGAGCGAUGAGCUUUCGAAGACGAUGAUCACGCAUAUCAAGAAAGGCUCGGCCUUGCUCUGGCUGCAUUUUGUUUUUGUGGUUGUUGUUGUGGUGAUUUCGCAUUUUGGGAUCUCGGCGAUUGAAGCUAGGUUGAAGUUUACUAGGUUUAGAGAUGGGAAUGGGAAUGUAAGUGACCCCAAUGCGGAUUCCAUGGCUGUGUUUACUGUAAUGGUGCAGGGCUUGCCUAAGAAUCUGGGGUCUGAUAGAGUUGAGUUUGAGGAGUGUUUUCGUCAGAAGUAUCCUGGGAAGGUUUAUAAGAUUAUUGUUCCUAUGGAUCUCUGUGCGUUGGAUGAUCUGGCAACGGAGUUGGUUCGUGUUAGGGAUGAGAUCACUUGGUUGGUUGCGAAGAUGGACUCUAGGUUGUUGCCGGAUGAGUUUGAGAAUAGUGGAGAUGAUGGAGUGUUGUCUUUUUUGAUGGGUUUGUGGGGGAAGGUGAAGGUUAUGUGGUCUGGGGUUGCAGAGAGGUUUGGUUUUACAGAUGAUGAGAAGCUGAGGAAGCUGCAAGAGUUGAGAGCUGAUUUGGAGUCUCAGUUAGCUUUUUAUAAAGAAGGACGAGCACAAGGCGCUGGGGUUGCGUUUGUGGUGUUUAAAGAUGUUUACACAGCUAACAAAGCUGUUCAGGAUUUUAGAAACGAGAGGUCGAGGCGGACUGGGAAGUUCUUCUCUGUCACAGAGCUGCGGCUACAUAGGAACCAGUGGAAAGUCGAGAGAGCACCCUUGGAGACUGAUAUUUACUGGAAUCAUCUGGGGUUGACUAAGAUCGCUCUUAUCGUGAGAAGAGUGAUUGUUAAUACUAUUCUUCUGUUGAUUCUCGUGUUUUUCAGCUCUCCAUUGGCGUUGAUUAGUGCAUUGGUGAGUGCCGGGAGAAUCUUUAACGCUGAAGCGUUGGAUAGUGCUCAGUCUUGGCUCACUUGGGUGCAAACUUCUGGCUGGAUCGGCUCUCUGAUUUUUCAGUUUAUGCCCAACGUGUUCAUAUACCUAAAGACACUUAAUUGGAAAUCACCAUUAGACACAUUAUUUUGACUAGAGUCUUUAACUAUUCAAAAAAUAAAUAAAUUAUUAAACUAA